AAGGCAGAUGCACCUUUCCGGGGCGGCAAAGAGGGACGCCCAAGUGGGACAGACGGACGGACGGACAGAGAGAACAGGAGCACGGCUGAGAUGUACAGCAAGGCAGAGACCUUGGAGCUGCGCAAGAAGCACAUCGGGCCAUCAUGCAAAGUUUUCUUUGCUAAGGACCCCAUUAAGAUUGUGCGGGCUCAUGGGCAGUACAUGUUUGAUGAAAAUGGAGAGAAAUACUUGGACUGCAUUAACAACGUGGCACAUGUGGGGCACAGCCAUCCCCAGGUGAUCCAGGCAGCAGUGAAGCAGAUGGAAUUGCUCAACACCAAUUCUCGAUUCUUGCACGACAAUCUGGUCGAGUAUGCCAAGCGUCUCACAGCGACUUUGCCAGAAGCACUCUCUGUUUGCUACUUUGUGAACUCUGGGUCUGAAGCCAAUGACCUGGCUUUGCGUCUCGCUCGGCAGUAUAGUGGCCAUCAGGAUGUGAUUACUCUUGACCAUGCUUAUCACGGCCAUGUUACUUCCUUGAUUGACAUCAGUCCAUAUAAAUUUAAUCAGCUGGGGAAAGAGGCUAAAAAGGAGUUUGUACAUGUGGCUCCUUCUCCAGAUAUCUACAGAGGAAAGUACAGGGAGGAGCAUCAAGAUCCAGGAAGUGCUUAUGCUGAUGAUGUGGAAAAGAUCAUUGAAGAGGCUCAGAAGAAUGGCCGCGAGAUUGCUGCCUUUAUUGCUGAGUCCAUGCAGAGUUGCGGAGGCCAAGUAAUUCCACCUGCAGGCUACUUCCAGAAAGUGGCAGAAAUUGUCCACAAAGCAGGUGGUGUGUUCAUAGCUGAUGAAGUCCAGGUUGGUUUUGGUCGAGUUGGGAAACAUUUCUGGGCAUUCCAGCUACAAGGCGAAGAUUUUGUGCCUGACAUUGUCACCAUGGGAAAGCCAAUUGGCAAUGGACAUCCAAUGUCUUGUGUAGUUACAACAAGACAGAUUGCAGAAGCUUUUGGUGCCUCUGGAUUGGAAUACUUCAACACUUUUGGAGGUAAUCCAGUGUCCUGUGCAAUUGGUCUGGCUGUACUGGAUGUAAUAGAAAAAGAAGAUCUCCAAGGAAAUGCCACAAAUGUAGGAAAUUACCUUACAGAGCUAUUGAAGGAGCAACAGGAAAAACACCCGCUAGUGGGAGAUGUCAGAGGAGUUGGCUUGUUUCUUGGAGUGGAUCUAGUGAAGGAUCGGCAAAAGAGAUCACCUGCCACUGCUGAGGCUCAGCAUAUCAUCUACAAGCUGAAAGAACAGAAGAUUCUUUUGAGCGCAGAUGGGCCUUACAGAAACAUCUUGAAGUUUAAGCCACCCAUGUGUUUCUCUAAAGAAGACGCAAAGUUUGUAGUCGAUCAGAUUGACAAACUCCUCACAGAUUUAGAAGAAGCAACUGUAAUCGGGACCAGAAAUGGACUAUCUACAAGUACACAAUGCAAAAGAAAAGUACCUACUGAAGGAAGCUCUCAGCUAGACAGUUUCAGCGAGACCAUCAGCCAUAUCAAUGGAAGUGCCUGCAGGCAAAAGACUGGAUUUGGUUCUGAAAGCCAUACAGUGUCUUGCAAAAGGAUCAGAACAUGAAGAGUGAAAGAUUUUUGUUUGGUUUUUGAAUAGAUAGGAAUAGCGAUAUGUGGUUGGGGAUGUUUCACGAAUGAAUGGAAUUCUGCAAUAUUUCUUUUUAGGCACCUUACAUACAGCUGCUUGGUUAUUCAGGGCCUGACCAAACUUGAUAUUCUGACAAAACUCUUGCACCCUGGUCCAGCUAGUGAGGUCUCUGUAUACAAGCAUAUUUCUGUAGGCCUUCCUCUUGCUGAAUCAGAGAAUGAGGACAUAAUCGAAUGGAAUGUAAAUUGCCGGGUAGUGUGCAUUCUGUUUAGCUGUACUGCAUGGUGUCCAUUUCAAAUUAUUCAAAAACCCAUCAGUUCAUAUAGGUGGAUCAGGGCACUGGGCUGUGAUCCUGCACACAGAAAGGAUGGCAAAAUUAAGUCCAAUGUUACAUAUAAUAGCACAUUUACAUACCACUUUCACUGUCAGACUUAACACAUACUUAAUGUGUAUGCAUGAGGAGAGAGAGAGAACUGUAUUAGCAUAUGAUAGACAGGAAUGUCUACAUAAUAUGAAUUUCAGGGAUGAUAAUCUGAAGCUGUCAUAUAAAUAUUAUUUAAUCCUUUGCCUCAGAUGCCUAACAGAGAUUUUGACUGGUCUGUCAUCCUCUGUUCGAACUGUCAAUGUACAAUAUUGAGAUACUAAUUAUUUUCCAUGUUUUAAUGGUUAAUUUUAUUACAUUAAUAAACGAUAUUGUGAUAUUAUUAAACUGUGAUGCCAGUGAUUAAAUAAAAGAAAAUGUUUUAAUAAAACAGCCCAAGUCAUAUUUCGAAUUCCCACAUUCAGAUUCAGCAGACUGUGCAAAGCGCUGCCAAGUCUGUGGGUCUGUAGCUCUUCCUUUUUUUUAAAGCUGCAAUUCCAACUUGUAGCCGGACAACUUGUAGCAAUCCCUUCUCCUUUGAAUAGGAAGCACAUCAGCUGCUGUGACUUCUGUUUGCAGAAGGGAAACACACAAACAUCCCUUUCUGCGGGAUUGUACUAUGGUCCACCCAGCAUCUUGUGCAUGUGUGAGGUUUCCCCCAUUGACCACUUCCUACACUCACACAGCCACCUAAUGGGAUAUGUUUUAUACUGAACACUGAACAUUUUGUAUUAUAAUUGUAUAAAAUGAAUGGAUGGUUUAUUCAAUAUAUAUUGUGACUGAAUAAUGAACUAUGUUUAGACCAUAUGCCUUCUAGUUUUAUAUGUUUGGGAAUUGUUACUUUAAUGGCAUCUGCCUUCUUUAUGGACUUUGGUAGCAUACCAGAUAAGUUUUUCUUGACUUGUAGACUUUGUUUAUUCCAAAGAAUAAAUGCUAUUUUAACCCCUGA